CAGCCGGGCCGGACCGCCCCGCCGCCGAGCUGCGUUCUGCCGCAGCGGCCUUGCUCUCCGGUCCCGGCCAGACAGAGGGAGCUCUAGGCCCUUAACAAGAUCCCUGGGACCUACUCUUGAGCACAAGGCUCUCCAGGGACAUCACUUGUGAGCACUCUAUUUUCGGCAUGUUCUCAGAGUUGAAGUUCCCUGUGCCUUGGGGCCAUGUGGCAGCCAAGGCCUGGGGACCCUCAGGGGGACACCCCGUGCUGUGCUUGCACGGCUGGCUGGACAACGCCAACACCUUUGACAAGCUCAUUCCACUGCUCCCCAGAGAUUGCUAUUAUGUGGCAAUGGAUUUUUCUGGCCAUGGUUUGUCAUCCCACCGACCUGCAGGCUCCCCCUACCAUUUUCUGGAUUAUGUGAGUGAUGUGCGCCGCGUGGCAGCAGCCUUGCAGUGGAGACGGUUCACCCUGAUGGGUCACAGUAUGGGUGGGUCUGUGGCAGGAAUGUUCAGUUUCCUUUAUCCUGAGAUGGUGGACAAGCUGAUCCUGCUGGAAAACCUUGGCUUUCUGCUAGCUCCAGAGGACACUGAGGCGUGGCUGAAAUCAAAACGGAUGGUGAUUGACAGAUUACUGAGUCUGGAGGCAAAGCAGCAAACUCCCAAAGCACGAAGCCCUGAAGCAGCAUUGCAGAGGCUCUUAGAAGCAAACAGACAUCUGACAGCAGAGGGUGGGGCAAUCCUGCUGCAGCGAGGAGCAACUGAGACACCCGCUGGGCUGGUGUAUAACAGAGACAUGAGAGUCCGCACGCAGAGUCGAGAGUCCUUCACGGUGGAGCAGUGUGUGAAGCUCCUGCAGAAGAUCCAGGACCGUGUUCUCAUCAUUGUAGCACAAGAUGGACUCUUGGUGCCACACAAGCUAGACAACAGAAAUCACUUUGUGAAGGCCUUGCGGGAGGCAUUUGAAUCUACCCUCAAAGAGCACAUCCAGCUAGUAGAGGUGCCUGGGAGCCAUUUUGUGCACCUGAACGAGCCUGAGGUGGUGUCUGGGAUCAUCAGCAACUUCCUGACAGCACACAACACCAGAGCCAGGCUCUAGGAAGCCCUCGCUGCUGCAGCAGUCCAGAACAUGAAGCUAAAAAGGUGGCUAUGGAGGAAUUGCCACCAUUCCUACCUCACAUCCAAAAUUAAUGUCAUGAUACUCUUUCCUAAGCUUAGCUCACUGUGGAAUGGAAGCAGGUCUCCUGGAGCUUCCAUGGAGGAGAGCCAAGCAAAAUAUCUCAGUUGUUGAUGGGAAAAGCAAACCUUCCUCCACUUCCAGCUCUGUAAGUACAGGGAUAGAGGCCCAGAGUGGCCUUCCCCUUGUUUGCUCCUGACUUGCACCCACAAAUGGAGCAGGAACAGGCAGAGGCAGCCUCUGCAGCAGCACCAGCGUUGCAAUAUGUAUGUGGCUUAUCUCACCUCCUCCCUGAGGAUGGUGUGACCAGUCUCUUCCCAGGAUAAUACCUACUGAAAAAACAGGGAACUGUUCAGCUUCUCUGCUUACUUCCAUGGAUACUUGAGAUCAGAGGGCCUCAUUGUCUGUUUUACUGUGAGAGCUUUCUUAAAAAUCAAGUAAGAUCUCACCUGGACACAGGUAGCCAUUUUAAUGAACAAGGGAGUAAGUCACUAAUCCUCUAGCUAAAACAGCUAAAAGGACUACUAAUAAUGGAAAAGUUGGCAGAGGUGAUGUCUGUCCUUCUAAAUAAAGAUUAAUCUUCCAAUGUUA